AUUUAUUAUUUUCAAGUAAGGAGGCAGCGGAAUGCUGUUUAUUGUUAUUAAUUAAUAAUUUGUGCGUUAUAUAAACAUCACAACUAAAAGAUGGCGCCAAUGCGCGGCGAACGCGGCGGAUCUCCAGCGAGGGGUGCCCGAGCUUCCUUGCCACUUCCACGCCGCCUAAUCCGACAGAUCGCGCGACACGUCGCCUCCAGUGGCCGGUCGUUACGAAGACUUGAGGUCUCCGGUCGCAUCAUCGAUAACUUUGACGACAUCGAGGAUGCUUCCGACGAGUCUGACAUGGAAACAUCUCAACCCGCUGUGGCGUGCGGAGGGAACGCCGGAAACCUACCCCCGGCUGAACACGACGACGACCUGACAAGCCUCAGUUGGUUACAGGACAGGAAUUUGUUGAGAGGUAUUAAUCUGACAAAAGCCGACAUGGAAGAUAGUAAAUUGAUAAGCAGUCAAGUGGUGGUAAAAACAGAACCGAGGACACCUCCGCCGAUAUGCCGCGUACCUUCCCCUCCCCGCACUCCCUGCAAAGCUCCCCCCUCCCCCCCAGUAAACGCUCACGCGAAACCCCCUUACUCUUUCUCCUGUCUCAUCUUCAUGGCGAUAGAGGCAGCACCAGCGAGGGCGUUACCUGUGAAAGAGAUAUACGCGUGGAUCAUUCGACACUUCCCGUAUUUCAAGCACGCGCCUCAAGGAUGGAAAAACAGCGUUCGGCAUAACCUGUCUCUGAAUAAAUGCUUCCACAAGGUCGCAGCAGCGCCUGGAUUAGGCAAAGGAUCUCUCUGGACAGUAGACCCUCAGCAUCGAUCAACGUUACUACAGGCGUUCGGUCGUCAACCAGUGCCUCCAGUGGAAAUAGAAGCAGAACCCACAGACACCAGUAGGAACGCACCGGAUCCACAACUGUUCCCAUACCUGGCUAGACGUCUAGCCGACACCCGGACGCCGCCCGGCGCAGACGAGUACCUAGCAGCUGCAACUGUACUCGCUAUGAAGUAUGGACCCGCCGUGCUUGAUCAGCUCCCCCCAGAAGCCCACCUGGUGAUAUCCCGGUGCGCGCGUGAUGAACACUCGUAUAGUGGUGGAGAAGAGCGACGCACGGCCGAAGCCCUGCUGAAUUUGGCUGGAGUCACGCCCGCUCACCCACAACCCAGCUAGCGCCCACGUGCGGUAACACUGGGUGGUUGGUGAUACGUUGCGCUAAACCCAGCAGUGAGAAUAUGGCGGGCAAGAGUGGGGACGGUAACAUCAAAUGUAAGUCUUCCUAAGGAACGCAACGCUUUUCAAUACGAACUCCAAUUCGCCUGAACGUUUACUUCGCCACAUAUUAAGUUGACCAGUACAGUUGUGUAUUGUGAUUUGUAUUUAACCGUUUUAUAUAUUAAUUUUAAUUUAUAUACAAUCUUCCCUCAAAAUAUAAACGAUCGUACACAUUGGUAAGGGUUUCUUUUAAGUUAUCAACUGUCAACUUGCCAAGUCAGACUUAGUAUAUUUGCCAAUGUGUACACUCUUAUAUUAUCAGUACUGAAAAUGCGUUCUGAGUGCCUGCUGUGUGAUUUUCUACCUAAGUUUAUACUG